AUGUGCACUCUGUCGUUUUUUUUUUUUCCUCCUCCGCUUUUCCUUCCAUUUGACUUUGAGUGGGAUGGAGGCCUCAGUGCUCAACACGCGUGCUUUUGCCUCUGCAUUGUGGCUGGGCGGCACUUGCUUAGGAUGCGGCCGCGCGACACGUCCGCCCCGGAGCUUGCACGCUACGUUAUUGGCGAAUACUUGGGCGCGGGCUCGACGGGGACCGUGUUCGAGGUGAUCGACGCGGUUACGAGGAAGCCCUAUGUGCUGAAGCAAAUAUCCCUGGAGUCUAUAGGUGACGAGGAAAAGCUGCGCGCGAGGAAGGAGAUACUUGUCAUGAAUGGCGUGGAUCACCCCAAUAUUGUAAAGUUUCGCGAAAGUUUUAGCGGCGCGAACUCGGUCAAUAUUGUUAUGGAGCACUGCGCCUCGACGCUGGAGGAACUCAUUGAGCGGCAGCGGGCGGAGGGCGGGCAGCCCUUCCCGGAGGAUGUCAUCAUCGAGUGGAUGGCGGAGCUGCUCUGUGCGCUGGCCUACCUGCAUUCCCGCUCCAUCGUGCAUCGUGACCUCAAGACAAGCAACAUUUUUCUUACCGAAAAAAAUCACGUGAAGCUGGGGGAUUUCGGGGUGUGCACGGUUCUUACGAGCACCUCCGUCGCGGCCCACAGCAUGAUUGGCACCCCGCUUUACUUCUCGCCGGAGGUGUGCGCGGAGGAGGACUACGACGAACGCAGCGAUGUGUGGAGCCUCGGUGUCGUGUUCUACGAAAUGUGUACCCUACGGCACCCCUUCGAGGCAGAGCAUUUACCCGGUCUCAUCCAGCAAAUUCUCACCAAGGAGGUGGCCCCCUUUAACACGGGACUAGACGCGCGUUUUGAGGAGAUUGUGCGUGGGAUGCUCAAGAAAGAUCCUCGCGAUCGCCCGACGGCGCAGGACUUGAUUGACAACCACCUUGUCGUGCCUGUAAGUCACCCAUCCCAUCCCUCGCAGAAGCCCUCAAGGGGUCGGCUCAUCCAGCAGUACUAUGGCCCGGAGUUUGCUUGUAGGAGGGAGAAGAAGUCACCUUGGCCCCCGUCGGAUGAGCGCAUACUGGGGGAGGAGGCGAAGGUAAAGCAAAAGGCACGGGCGCCGCUGCCGUCGCCGCCGCAAGAGCAGCAUCCGCGCAAACAUGACUGGCGACCGUCAGCUGUGGCCGGGGGGGCUCCAAGCAGGGUGAAAGGAGGUAACCAAGUAGUCACGAAUAGAAAGAAUCUGGGCAAAGGGGCCGGGAAAGAACUUAGCCCUGAGGAACGAGUAGCGGCCAUGAAACGCAUUAAAGGUGCAAAGAGCAAGAUCAAUAUGGCAGAACUGCGUCAAAAUAUGCUCCGCAAGCGCUUUCAACUUUUUGGUGGCAUUAAAGCUCCCUCCACUGAUGACGUCCCAGUCGUGAUUGAGUUGCAACAGAGCCUGCAGUCUGCGCGGACUGGUGAAGCCGCUCCUGAGGACUUGCCGGCGGGGUCUCCAACGAUGCGUCCAAAAUCGAGAUUUAUCGAAGACAUCGCCGCCGUAUUUGAAUUGCACUCCGCUGGUGGUGUGCAGAUUGCGCUCGAAGAACUCGAGGAUGCCGCCUCACUACUAUGUCAGUAUAAACUUACAAAUUAUGGCCUUUGCUGA